AUGUUUGGCUCAACGGGAGGUCUGGCGGAGUUCCGUGCUGUUCUGAUGGCCUCUAGAGGCUUUGCUUGCUUUGCUCUUGCCUACUUAAGAUGUGAUGACCUGCCCACUUCACUAGCUGAUAUUGACUUUGAUUACUUUCUCGAUGCUGUAGACUGGCUGGCGUCUCAUCCCAGUGUCCAGCCUGGAGGUAUUGGAGUGGUGGGUACUUCCAAGGGAGGUGAACUGGCCUUCCUGCUUGGCAUGGCAACUGAUCAGGUUUCCGAGUUUUCACGGCUACGGACGAGCAAUGUAAAUAUUCCGUCAGCUGCCUCAAUAGGUGAAGGCUCUGUGGUGCCCCGGUGUAUUCAACUUGAUGACUUAUACAAGUCUGGAAGAGAUUUUUGGAAAGGGUUUGAGAAUCAGAUACUGCUGCAUCAGGCCUGGACGAAUAAUGCCAAGAUCUUGUACUUGUGUGGAGAAGAUGAUGGCGUAUGGAGAACUGACUUUGCUAACACGUUUAUUGGGACAUGUCCUGAAGAGAAGAGAAAGAACAUUGAGCUCAUUAUCUAUCCAGGAACAGGACAUCUCAUUGAGCCACCAUAUGUGCCUGUGUUUACAUCCUGGAACAACAAAACCCUUGGUGUUGAUCCAGGAGUUUCAAAGGAUCCGCUUCUUAGAAAGCGAGAUGUGACGACACCUUUUGUAUUGAAGCUGUCUGUGAUAGAUGACCACGUUCCCUUUGCUGACUUCCACAUGGCCACGACAGUGGUGCUGGCCUCAGACAGGUUAGAACGCUGGUACAAACACAAUACUGUGAGGAGAAUUGUCGUUCGUGAAGGUUCCCUGAGAGGAACUCUCUUCUUGCCUGCAGAAUGA